CGAUAGACACUCUAGUCCUCUAGUCUCCUGCCUACCCGGAAUUCAUCGAGCUGCUGGAGCAAAGACAGCUGUUGUUGCUGCCUCUUGAAAGCCUUUGGCACAGCCCGCGGCUUGCAACUUUCAGGCACCGGUUCCAGAAGUUGUUGGGGUUUGCUGGAGAGCUUCUUGAAAUUUUUAUUUGGGUUUUUCAAGCCCCGGUCUGCGGUCCGGAGAGUGAGCGCUUUAAUUCGCUGUGAAGGGCUCCUGGAGUUUUUCCUUUUUGACUUCCGUUCAUCUUGAACCCGCUGAGCCCAGCCAUGGUGAUGUUCAAGAAGAUCAAGUCUUUUGAGGUGGUCUUCAACGACCCGGAGAAGGUGUACGGCAGUGGGGAGAAGGUGGCCGGCCGGGUGAUAGUGGAAGUCUGUGAAGUUACUCGCAUCAAAGCCGUCAGGAUCCUAGCUUGCGGAGUGGCCAAGGUCCUGUGGAUGCAGGGGUCUCAGCAGUGCAAGCAGACCUUGGACUACCUGCGGUACGAAGACACGCUGCUCCUAGAAGACCAGCCGACAGGUGAGAACGAGAUGGUGAUCAUGAGACCAGGAAACAAAUACGAGUACAAGUUUGGCUUCGAACUUCCUCAAGGGCCCCUGGGAACAUCCUUCAAAGGCAAAUAUGGUUGUGUCGACUACUGGGUGAAGGCUUUUCUUGAUCGUCCCAGCCAGCCGACCCAGGAGGCGAAGAAAAACUUCGAAGUGAUGGACUUAGUGGAUGUCAAUACCCCUGAUUUAAUGGCACCGGUAUCAGCUAAAAAGGAGAAGAAAGUUUCCUGCAUGUUCAUUCCUGAUGGGCGCGUGUCCGUCUCUGCUCGAAUUGAGAGAAAAGGGUUCUGUGAAGGUGAUGAUAUUUCCAUCCACGCCGACUUCGAGAACACAUGCUCCCGCAUUGUGGUCCCCAAAGCAGCUAUUGUGGCCCGACACACUUACCUUGCCAAUGGCCAGACCAAGGUGUUGACUCAGAAGCUGUCCUCAGUCAGAGGCAAUCACAUCAUCUCGGGGACCUGUGCGUCCUGGCGUGGCAAGAGCCUCCGCGUGCAGAAGAUCAGACCGUCCAUCCUGGGCUGCAACAUCCUGCGCGUGGAGUAUUCCUUGCUGAUCUAUGUGAGCGUCCCCGGCUCCAAGAAAGUCAUCCUUGACCUACCCCUGGUGAUUGGCAGCAGGUCAGGUCUGAGCAGCCGGACCUCCAGCAUGGCCAGCCGGACAAGCUCUGAAAUGAGUUGGAUAGAUCUUAACAUCCCAGAUACCCCAGAAGCCCCUCCUUGCUACAUGGACAUCAUUCCUGAAGACCACCGCUUAGAGAGCCCCACCACUCCCCUGCUCGAUGACGUGGACGGUGCUCAAGACAGCCCUAUCUUCAUGUAUGCCCCUGAGUUCCAGUUCAUGCCCCCACCCACUUACACUGAGGUGGAUCCCUGCACCCUUAACAACAACAACAACAACAACAACAACGUGCAGUGAGCGUGUGGGAGACAAGAUGCGUCUGUACUCACUCUCUUCUUUCUGCCUCUCUGCUUGGACUCCAGUGUUUUAGAGACCCAGUCUCAGAGUGGAGAAUGGCUCCACCCCAGCCUCUGACUAUACUACAGGGGUGGUGAUCAGCAGGCGGGUUCUCCGGCUUCAAGUGGUGCGGACCCAGCCAGCGCCCGCACUGUGUGUGGUAUUAGGAGUGUUUGCUGGGUGGUUCAGACCCGGUCCACUUUCUCUCAGGCCUUGGAAACGAAGAGGUUGUCUGUAGUUUUUGAGUCAGUGUAUAAAUGACCUUUUGGCAUGGUCUUUCCGAGGUUUUUUUUUUUUUUUUUGAAGGGAGUUCUAGAUUAACAACAGCAAACCGUGAACUUCUCUGUGCCAUGGAAGACAGAAUCAAUUUCACAUACUAGAAAAAAAAAAGGAAAAUCAUGGCCAAAAUUUUGGAAGAGGUGGUUUUGUUCUUGUUUUUUUAA